AUGACAGUAGCAUCAUCAUCCAAUCCACCCAAAGACGAUGCCAUUGAGCCACAAACCGGAGUGGUUGUGGAUGAGAAGAAGAGCAAGCAGGCUCGAGCUUUCAUCUUCCAAUCGAUUCCAGAAGAGAUGCUUGUGCAGGAUGCCAAGAUGAAGACGGCUAGAGAAGUGUGGGACUCUCUAAAGUCACGGUAUGUGGGUGCAGAAAGAGUCCAGAAAGCAAGGUUGAGGGUAUUGAAGAGCGAUUUUGAAGCACUCCAAAUGAAAGUUACGGAAACAAUAGAUGAUUAUGUAGGAAGAAUAUCAGCCAUGAUCUCAAAAUACAGCAGUGUAGGAGCAACACUAGAUGAUGAAGAACUGGUGAGAAAGCUGUUUGACACUGUCCCUAAAAGGUUCAUAAACUUGGUAGCAUCGAUUGAACAAAGUUCAAACAUGGAAUCCAUGCCAUUUGAAGAGGCAAUUGGGCAUCUAAAUGCAUAUGAAGACCGACUUCGACUCUGGAAGACAAGCACACAAGAAGAUAAUGCCUUGUUACUUGCCAAGACGGAAGGUUCCUCUACCCAUCGAAGUCCAAGCAAGUCAAACACGACGGGUGGUCGUGGAAGAGGAAGAAAUAGUGACAAGGGAGGAAGAGGCAACUCACGUGGUCGGGGUUUGACGCGUGGCAGAGAAUUUGGCCACUUUGCUUCUGAGUGCAAAGCAAAGAAGCAACAGGAACAGGAGGCGAAUUUAGUUGCAGACGAAGAUGGACCUGCACUUCUGUUGACCGUACAUGAGAACGAGACUACAAGCAUGGUUCUUCUGAAUGAAGAAAAGGUGUACCCAAACCAGCUAAGAGAGAACAAUGAUGAUAAUAUGUGGUAUCUAGAUAAUGGGGCUAGUAACCACAAGAUCGGUUUAAAGGGCUUAUUUGUAGAACUUGAUGAAAAGGUGAUUGGACAGUUCAUCAUCCUAGAUGUGUAUUAUAUUUCAGCCCUACAUAGCAAUAUAAUAAGUUUGGGACAGAUGACUGAGGAAGGAUAUGACAUAGGAAAGAAGAGAGAUUUCUUAAAAAUGUAUGAUGCGGGUGGUUGCUUGAUUAUGAAGGUCCAAAGGUCAAAGAAUAGACUUUAUAAAAUAAGGCUCACACCUGGGAAAUCUGUAUGCUUAGCUAUGAGUAUUAAUGAUGAUUCAUGGCUAUGGCAUGCACUUAUGGGUCACACAAAUUUCAAAAUGCUUGGGGAGAUGACACGAAAGGAAAUGGUAACAGGUGAUUCAACGAAUGAAGACUCGCCAUGGUCAAACUCGUCUAGAGUUGACUCACGAACAACUCUCCCAGGUCAAACCUCUGAAGAACACGAAAGAAACGGAUCAAUAGCUUCGUUUGAUGACACUCCAGCAAAAGGGUUCUGA